UCGCUUUCAGGAUGAGUGCUAGUGCCACUGCUAAACUUGUAUAAAUUGCAGGCUCAACUUGCAAAAUGGCAACCUUGGAGAUUCGUCUGAAGAGAGUGAACAAGAUUUACCACGAAGGCGACAUUGUUAAAGGUGUUAUUGUAGUUCAGAGUCGCGGAGAGCUCUCACACAAUGGUAUCACUCUCUCUAUGGAAGGAUCUGUGAAUCUGCAACUGAGUGCUAAAAGUGUUGGAGUUUUUGAAGCAUUCUACAACUCCUUGAAGCCAAUCCAUCUGGUCAACUACUCCCUAGAGAUUGCAAAACCUGGCAAAUUGCCAAAUGGCAAGACUGAACUUCCUUUUGAGAUUCCACUGAAACCCAAGGGUAACAAGCCACUGUAUGAGACCUAUCAUGGAGUUUUUGUAAACAUUCAGUACUAUCUCCGAAGUGAAAUGAAAAGGCCAUAUUUGAACAAAGACCUUCAGAGCCAAGCAGAGUUUAUAGUUGAGAAUAAGGUGACAUCUAAGAAGGGAGAGGUAAAACCUGUAGAGUUUUCUAUCACACCAGAGUCCCUUGAAAAUGUGAAAGAGAAAGCAAAGGUACCAAAGUUCUUAGUAAAAGGCAAUCUGGACAAUGCUCUGUGCUCUAUCUCUAAACCGUUCACAGGAGAGCUGGAGGUUGUUGAAUCAGACAGACCUAUCAAAUCCAUUGAGUUGCAGCUUGUCAGAGUAGAAACAUGUGGUUGUGCAGAAGGAUACUCAAAAGAUGCUACCGAGAUUCAGAACAUUCAGAUCGCAGAGGGAGAUGUUUGUCGCGGUCUCAGGAUCCCAAUAUACAUGAUAUUUCCUCGUCUAUUUACCUGCCCGACAUUGACCACUGCGAACUUCAAAAUUGAAUUUGAGGUGAAUGUGGUAAUAGUUCUUCAAGAUGAUCAUCUCAUUACAGAAAACUUUCCAAUUAAAAUUAUGAGAUUUGAAAAUAAUGCUGUAUGAUUCCUAGAGGGGAAGGACUCUUGCAAAGUGUCUCCUUCCUUUAGAAAUGAUUAAAGGAAAGCUUAUACAAUCCAUAAAGUCUAGUAAAGGAUUUGAACGAAACAAUGUAUGUCUUUAAUACGACAAGAAGUAGUUCUGACUUUCUGAUGGUUUUUCAAGUGUUUAAAAUAUGAAUUUAUAGCUGCAUUAGAAAAUUUUAUAUUUUUUAAGAUGAUAAUAAACGAACAAGAAUUCUGUUGAA